AUGACGACAACCACAGAAACAACUGAAUCCGCCAAACAAGAUGAAGCCGAACUUAAGCUACGACAAUAUCUCUCUCACAUCUAUAAUGGGGUGAGCUUGCGUUACGAGUCAAUUGACGACGCAGAAUUAGACAUCUACGUUACUCUGUCAGGAUUCAUUUUCUAUACGGCGGUGAACAGCACGAGCCCAGUACCUCCGUCAGCUAUAGUAACUGAAAACGGUGUUGAGUAUGCCGACUGCGAUAUGUACUUGAAUAAUCUGGUGACAUGGGCGCAGAAUCUCGAGAAUCUCCCCGAUAACGACCACAUCGCGGUGUUUACUGGAUAUGAUUUGUAUGCAAGUGCGCCACAGUAUAACAGCGUUGCAGGAUAUGCGUGGGUCGGAGGGGUUUGUAACGAUUACAGGGUUUCUGUGAACGAGGCUGGUACCUACUUUGAGACGGUGUCUGUCGCCGCACAUGAGCUCGGACACAAUUUGAAUGCCUCUCAUGACAACGCCACAGAUUGUCCGACCACAGACAGUUACAUUAUGGCCCCCUCUACAGCUAAUUUCGAGCUAGGCGAGCCCUACUCUGUUAACCCGUGGAGAUUUUCUACAUGUUCAAUAGACUCUUUCAAAUCUUUUAUCGACUCCCUUGGCACAGGCAGCGGAAACUGUUUGCUUGACGCUGGGAGUUAUUACGAUUCUUCUGAAUACGAAGAUCACGUCAAUACAAUGCCUGGAGAGUUGCAUUCCGUGGAUGAACAGUGUGAACUAUUGAGGGGAGAUAACUCUGUUUUGUACACAGAAAUAACGGAUUCGGAGUCAGAGGAAAUUUGUCGGACAAUGGCGUGUAUAGAUGAGAACAAUUACUAUGCCAUUUAUGCCGCUGCACGUGGAACUCCGUGCGGCCCUGCGUCUGAAAAUAAGUGGUGCAUCGAAGGACUGUGUGUGAGCAAAUCGGAAACCAAUUCAGGCACAAGCAACGAAACAAACACGAAUACUGGAACAAACACGGACAACACGAAUACUGGAACAAACACGGACAACACGAAUACUGGAACAAACACGGACAACACGAAUACUGGAACAAACACGGACAACACAAAUAAUGGCACAGACACGGACAACACAAAAACUGGAACAAACACUGACAACACUGGUGGUAGUGAAGAGUGUGCUGAUACGGGAUAUUUUGAUGGAACGUGGACUUGGUCAUGUGACGAGCUAAAUACCUAUUUCAAGGAUAAUUUCAAUGCCGAGACGGCAGACUGGUGCCAAGAUACAACCAACGGCUGGGCCAACUACUGUUGUGCAAUGUGUUCAGAUGCAAGUACCGGAACGGGCACGGAUAAUACCGGAGGGACAGAUACGGAUAAUACCGGAGGGACAGAUACGGAUAACACCGGAGGGACAGAUACGGAUAGCACCGGAGGGAAUGAGGAAUGUAUCGACAUAGGAUAUUUUGAUGGCGCAAAGACAUGGUCAUGCACCAAGUUGAAAAGAUAUUUCAAGAACAACUACAAUGCAAGGCCUAAAGACUGGUGUCUUGAUACAGAAAAUGGCUGGGCUGACUACUGUUGUGACAUGUGCUCAGAGUAUGUGAAGUAAAAGAAAACUACAACAAUAUGCAAAUAAUAAUUUUACCUCUACCUAUGACGUAUGACGUAUGAUCAAGGUUCUAACUAAACACAAACUCUUGUCUUUUAGUAACCUCUUACAUCAUUUUAACAAUACAAAAAUAUGAAAACAAUAUCAUUGUCUCUCUUUUUUGUAAAUUCUUCAGAGUUUCUAAUUAAUUAACACUAAAUUUCAAGUUCAUAAUAUUAUAAUGAAAAAAAGAAAGUAAGUUUAGACCUCCGUGUUCAUGUAUCAUACAAUUUUAACUGUCUGAA